UAUUCGGAUAGUGUCUGGCCGGCGCUGCCUGAUCAGGGGGAAGCAGGGGAUGAGCCUUCGCCGGGACCGGCCAGCACACCUGCAACAGGCAUCGGCGCACUUGCAUGCUGCACCAUCGCGCCCAAAGCGUCUUCAGAAUACAACACCAAGGGUGACUUCAUCGAGUUCGAUGGCUUUAGAACUNNUUAUUGUAUAGACAAAACAGGACCUUCGUCUGCCAAGAAGGCUAUUUUGAUCGUCUAUGACAUCUUUGGAUCCAGCCCUCAGUCUCUGCAGGGCGCUGAUCUGCUCGCAUAUACNAAUGAGAAGGAGCAGUACCAAGUUUACGUACCUGACUUCCUCCUUGGACAAUAUGCAGACCACACCUGGUUCCCUCCAGACACUGCCGAGAAGGACCAAGCUAUGGGUGCAUUUUUUUCAGGGCCUGCUAACCCUAUCACUACCGUCCAGAGAAUUCCAGCUCUUGUGCAAACCAUCAGCAGUGGAUCUUCUGGUUCGAUUGAGUCUUGGGCACUCCUGGGCAAAUGCUGGGCGNNGAAAGGUAUUCCCAGUAUGCCAACAGAUCUACAAUGCAGUCUGAUUGUCUCGUUCUCUUGCGGAUACGGCACCCCUUUCAAAGCCGCCACUGAAGUCCAUCCGUCGAUGAUCGAUCCUAAAGAUGCUCCCGGCAUUGAGAUCCCUAUCGCCAUUCUGGCAUUGGGUGACGAGAACGCAGACGAUGUGAAGAACUUUGUUGAAGCUCUCAAGGUGCCUCACUAUGCAGAAACAUUCACGGAUCAGGUUCACGGUUGGAUGGCCGCCCGCAGCGAUCUUGUUGACCAGCGUUCGAAAGCCGAA